CUACUUGACGUGCUCUGCUGUGAGAAGACGGUGUGGAAAGCCGGUGGUCCAGCAUUGCUUGCACCUGUCGAAAUGUCGGUUCGGUCGCUAACAUCAACAAUAUACUAACUUGCGGCGUUCAGCUUCAGAGAUUCUCGCGAAUGACGAGCCGGCAUCUGACUCACGGAAGGGGAAGCCACGAGUUACGACCGCUACUGUCAUGGAAAACGUUCACCGGGAUGCAGCGUUAUCAAAGCUCCUUGCCUCCUUGGAAAAGAACAAGGCCGAACUGCCAAGCUGCACCGACGAGGAGUUUGGAUUUCUGAGCGAACUGCUGAGGUCAAAGGAGCUCAAUGCGCUGGUCAAUGUUCACAACAAGAUAACCAGCAACUCAAAGGAUGACAAAUUCUUUCCUGUACUCUCUAACGCCAUGGAUGUCGACAUCGAUGUUUUGGAUCUACUAUCAACAAGGACUCAUGUGUCCGAUGAUUGCAAGGAACUUUUUCAACUAUUGCAGAAGCCUCAUAUCCAGGGCUUACUGUGCGCUCACGACUCCGUUGCUCAAAAGGACUACUACCCAAGGCCGCCAGAGAUACACGCGGAGGUCGACGAAGAUGAAGAGUACGUCAAACUUGUUCAGCUUGUUAAAUCGGACGAGCCUUUGUGCGGUGCUGAAGUUGAACCAUUUGUGGGGGCAACGAUAAGAAACUGCGAAGAAACCGGCAAGAUCAUCUUUGUUCGGAUAAUGCUGGGAGGGGCAGCGGACAGAUCUGGGGUUAUUCACGCCGGCGACGAGAUUUGCGAGGUGAACGGUAUCAGCGUUGAAGGAAAGACACCGAGUUACGUGCUGGAAAUUCUGAAAAAUACGAAAGGCACCAUUUCGUUUGUGAUUAUUCCAGCGGAUAGCAAAUCUGGCGUCAGGGAGAGCAAGGUUCGUGUUCGGGCACAUUUCUCAUAUACUGCGGCUGAGGAUCCUUUCAUACCUUGCAAGGAAGCAGGCUUGGAUUUCGUCAAGGGAGAUGUACUUCAUAUUGUUAGUCAGGACGAUUCUCACUGGUGGCAAGCACGACGUGAAGGUGAUCGUAAUAUGCGAGCUGGUCUCAUACCGAGCAGAGCUCUCCAGGAGCGAAUCAUCGUCUUACAACGUCAGAUGAAGGAGCAGAAUGACGAAACUGACAAUAUAAGUCUGUGUUCUGUUCCAGUGCCUUUGCCUGCCCUGUGCCCCCGUCCCCAAACCUCCUCGCACGUUGUGCCUACAAAGUGCAACUUGCAGGCUCUUAAGACUAAAAAGAUCAUGUAUGACGUGGCAGAAAACGAUGACUUUGACCGCGAGGAGACGCCAACUUACGAAGAAGUCGCCAAGCUCUAUCCAAGGCCCGGGUCCUACAGGCCCAUCGUCCUUGUCGGGCCUCCUGGAGUCGGCAGGAAUGAACUGAAGCGCAGACUCAUUGCUACUGAUCCAGAAAAAUACAGGACACCAAUCCCCUAUACCUCGAGACCACCCAGACUUGGCGAGGUGAACGGCAAGGAGUAUUUUUUCGUAACGCGUGAAAGAAUCACAGAAGACAUAGCCUCUGGGAAGUUCGUAGAGUAUGGGGAAUAUAAAGGAAAUCUUUACGGCACAAACAGAGAGAGUGUAGAAUCCCUGGUUAAUGCCGGAUACGUUUGUAUCCUCAGCCCGCAUUACCAGGCCGUCAAGAUGCUACGGAAUCCACAGCUCAAGCCGUUUGUUAUCUAUAUAAAACCGCCGAAAUUCGAGAUCCUUAAAGAAACUAGGAACGAGGCGAGAGCAAGAUCCACAUUCGACGAGAAAAACUCACGGGGUUUUACGGACGAGGAGUUCCACGAGAUGAUCCACCGCGGUGAGCGAAUAGAAUACCACUAUUCCCAUCACUUCGAUGAAACGAUAGUCAACGCAGACCUGUCGAUGGCUUUCGAGCAGCUGGUCAACGCGGUUAUAAGAGUAGAAACUGAACCCAUGUGGGUUCCGGCCUCCUGGGUCCAGUGAGAAAUUUUUAAACCAAGAAUCCCAAGUAGCAGUGGCAAUCCGAAGAGAUUUGAUACUGGGAGGCAAAGUCGAAGCGUUGUCGCAGCCUAAUUGAGGUAUAGUUUGAAAACAGCAAAAUUUGGUGGCAGUGGUGGUGGUAGAGAAUAUGGGAUCACCAAAAUUGGGUACGGAAACGGAUCGAGUCACAUCUUGAGAAUAGUUCAAAGGUUCGAUCUUCAGUUUGGAGAUGAUUCUUCUCUGUAUCGAAAUUGAAUUCACUUGCAAGU